AUGGAGAACACUGGAGGACGGAGUUUGAUGUACCAACUAUGCAAAAGCAUGGCUUUCUGCCAUGGCCAUGGAGUCUUGACACAGGAUCUUAAGCCUCAGAAUCUCUUGAUGGACCGGAACACAAUGACGCUCAAAAUAGCUGAUCCUUGGAUUAGCCAGACAGAGCCUUUCACCCUCCCUAUGAAAAAGUAUACACAUGAGAUACUAACUCUAUUCUAUAGAGCUCCUGAAGUCCUUCUUGGAGCAACCCAUUACUCAUCUGCUGUGGAUAUUUGGUCUGUUGGCUGCAUUUUUGCUGAACUAGUGAACAAGCAUGUAAUCUUUGCUGGAGACUCUGAGCUCCUACGUAUUUUCCGGUUGCUGGGAACACCAAACGAACCAAGUGUGGCCUGGAGUGAGCACACUCAAGAUUGGCAUGAAUACCCACAAUGGAAACCGUUGAGCCUCUCAACAGCUGUUCCAAACCUAGAUGAGGCUGGACUUGAUCUCUUAUCAAAAAUGCUGGUGUACGAGCCAGCUAAACGUAUCUCAGUAAAGAAGGCUAUGGAGCAUCCUUACUUCGACGAUCUUCCGCAAAAGUCCUCUCUCUGA